UCUCUCUCUAUCUGAUUCUCCCUCUCUCUUUUUCUCUCCUUCUCUCUCAUUUGUUUUCAUUCUAUUAUUAACUAUCGUCUAUUUAUCUCUUUAAGCGGGUGAGGAUAGUGUAAUGUAUAUGCUGUGCUGAACUAUGUAUCUGUGUAUCAGGAAGUGGUUUGUUAUAUAAGGAAGUGUGUGGCAACCUAUCCAAGGCGGCCGGGUACAGCAGCAGGACUCCCAAGGAUUAUUCCCUGCAUCAGGACACGCACUCACCCCUCUAAGACGUCAGCGGGAAGGACGACGACUUCAACAACAUAAAUCAUCAUCAUCAUCAUAAUCAGAGAAGAACGUCAGCAGUAUCAACAGCAACAACACAGCAUUAGGUGCUGCGUCACGUGAGGGUCCUCGACAAUACACUUAACUGGAGGUGACGUCUUCGUCGAGGUGCGCCAGGAGUAAGGGCCUUCAGAUCAAGUGUCCAACAGAAAAACCAUACACCAGGGGAGGUCACGGUGAAGGCGAGAACGAGGUGUGUGAGGCAGGUGUAGUGGUCGUAGUACAGGUCAAGUGAUACUGUCCCAGGAUAAUGACCAGUCCAGACCUGUAUGGUGACCCGGGAAAGGUGAGUAAUUGUUCCCUCAUGUGUCAAGAAUGUCAGGGGAGGGAAGAGUCGUCGUGGGAGGCUGUCAUGACCGCGCUGGUGACGAAGGAGGCAGGGGUCAUGGCGGUGUUGUGUGGGGCGGGUCUGGUGACCAAUACCCUCGCUGUGUCUCUCAUGGUGGCCUCCAUCACUCACCUGCACCACACCUCCUGGUACCUCAUCAACAGGGCCAUCGCUGACAUGCUCUUCCUCCUGACCGUUCCCGUCGACGCUGGGACGCACCUGCAGGACUCGUGGCUGUAUGGGUCUGUAAUGUGCCAGAUGCGUUCGACGGUCGCCAUCAUGGCACCCCUACUGAGCUCUGUCUUCCUGGUAGCUAUCAGUAGUAGCUGGUACCUUGAUGCCUGUAAACCAAACCUCGAUGCCAAAUAUCGCUCCAUUCUGCUGAAGGUGGUGUCCGCAGUGUGCUGGUUUGGCUGCAUUGUCUUCACCAUCCCAACGUUUCUCCAGUCUGAGGUGUUCAUGGAGGUGUCACGGGUACGUUUCCACUGUGUGUCGCUGCCGCUGUCUGAAGACACGAUCUUAGGUCAAGUCCUUCGUCUUGAAAUAAUAUUCCUGGUGUUCGCAAUUCCUUUCGUGAUUAGUUGGGUGUUUGUCAGCCUCGUCCACCAAGUACACAAGAACCAGACCAACGUCCUCCCCCAGCCGAGCACCUCCGAGGCCGCCCCGUCACAGCCAGGCCCAAAGCUGCCCUACAGACUACUCAUAACCCUACUGGUGGCAUUCACAGGGUGCCAGGGACCCUACUGGCUUGUGUACCUGGUGCGGGAGUUACUGCGACAUGUUGAAUUCAGUGCGGGCGCCAUGAUGAUGUUCCCGGUCACCAUGUGUCUGCCAGCCCUCAACGCCGCCAUCAACCCUCUUCUGUGCAUCUACUUCUUGAGGGACCUGAGGAAGGACAAGCCCAAGGUCAACAAGACCCACCAGCCCGAGAUGAUAGCUCUCUUCACCCUCUGAUCUGAGCUCCAACAUCACUCUGCCACGAGGGCACUGCCAUGGUACCAUUGCUAACAAUAUAGUGCCACAGCUACCAAUAUGAUCCGUAGAAGCCAACCAUAGUGCCACAGCUACCAAUAUGAUCCGUAGAAGCCAACCAUAGUGCCACAGCUACCAA